UUUGGCUCGAGAUGCAGUUGGAUCCCGAGCGGCACAGGGUGACAUGCGGUGACGAGACAUGGCGAGCCGCGAGCGCUUUGAGUUCGAGGGAUGGGCUCAAGAAGCGCAGAUACCGUCAGCUCCCAGAACCGGAAAACCCUGGGAUCCCUGUUGUCUUGCUCUUGAAGAGGAUGAGAUCAUCGAAGAGUUGCUAAUGGUCCUCUUGAAUGCUGGGCUGACUCCUUUAGCUGUGCAGUGUGUGCAGAAACAGCAAGGCCCGCAGAGAUUGCUCAAGGCUUUGCAGAUGGUUUUUGGGAUUGCCAUCUCCAUCCAGGAGCCCGCGUAUUACUUUCCAAGUGAUCUUUCUGAAUUGAAGGGGUCCAAGGGACCUCCGGGCUUGGUGGAGACGGAAGGCGAAUGCUGUGGAGACGGCUUUGUGGCCGAACGCUUCGUGGCCGAGAGCCUCCUCACUUCUAGUCAUCGCUUCCUCGCGCGUGGCAAAGCGGAGUCUUUUUCCUUGGAUCAUCGAGCCUUUACGAAGAACCAUAAAGGUCGAAGAUUGUCCUUAGUGUCUGAAGACCGGGUUCAUCAGCAAGGUACCGAGAGAUAUAUUGUGGCUUUCACCUCUGGUGAGCUUAGCCGCGCUGAUGGCGUCGGAAUCAUUUUCUCCUCUGGACUGCCGCGGUCCUCCGAUAUUCAGAAGAUCAUCUCCGUGUUCUUAAACCGCACAGGACGCAUUUGCAGCCGGAUUAACCAGCGGGUGACACGGAUUGCUGCUUCAUUGCCGCAGAUUGAGCUUGGAGACAUUUUGGAGGUCGUAAACAACAUGGAAUUGCACUCCUUGACCUUUACGUUGUGGGCGAAGACUGGCACAGAAUGUUCAGCCAGUGUCAGCUAUAAAGAGGUAGCAAGCGCCAUGGGAUUCGACAGAAGACCGGUUCCGGGUCAUCUUGCAAUCGUGGUGAAGAAUCCUGGUGUAUCGGUGUCCCUCUUCAGUUGAGUGGCGGCGACCCUCGAGCACAUCUUCGAGCGCCCUAUGUGCGCUGGAGUUGUAUGAAGGAAGCCCCCGAAAAAGGGGGCUUUGAUGGCCUUUGCUAUUGGGUCAGACAGCAUUGAUUGUGAAG